AUGACCCAGAAGCUAAGGCCAUACUUCCAGACCCAUACAAUUGAGGUGCUUAUCGAUCAACCAUUGAAGAGGAAUGGCCCGACACCUUGGAAGGAAGCUUUCGAGAGAGUCCAAAAGCGUGAUUGGUGUCAGAGGCAUUCUAACACCUCUCACCUUCCUUCUACCGAGAUGACUUUAGUUCAGGAUCCCUGUCCCUUUGAUCAAUUGGGGUUAGACCUGCUCAGCCCUUUCCCUCAACCAAUAGGGCAGCGAAAAUUCUUAGUUGUUGCAACUGAUUAUUUCACUAAGUGGGUGGAAGCAGAGCCUUUGCCAAAUAGUUUCAUCACUAGAGAUCUAGUUUUGAGGAAAGUUGAAGCUACUAGGAAGCAUCCUAGGAAGCUACGAGAAAAUGGGGAAGGUCUAUAUUGGGUUGUCAAAGCAUUGAAAGAUGGGGAUUAUAAGAUCAAAGAGCCGAACAAUCCAUGGGAGAUGAGACCUUGGAAUUCUGAUAAUCUCCGCAAAUACAAAAUAUAUCUCUACAUAAUUUUUAAAGAAUCUAGCGCUGGUCGGUUAUUCGACAUCAUUCCAACGAUUUGUUGUACUAUGGCAGAACAUCAACCGCUUCUCACCUUUGGGGAUAGGAGUUUGAGUCUAAAGGGUUUGAGCUUGCCAAAGCUUGCUGUUGUUUAUGAAUUGAAGCUAGCAGUUGUCAAUUUCAGUCUCUAG